CAAUAUCGCCCCAAUGUAUGCUCCACCACAGGGAUCGAUCAGAAUUCAGAAGAUGAAAGUUUGAAAUCAAUUAUUUCGAAGUCUCAAGCAUGGCGCUUACUCUGCGAUCCCCCUCCAAUUCCUCCAUUUUUUCUACUUUAAAAUCUUCCGCUCUUUCUCGGAACUCAAAAUUAAUGCUCUGUUCUCUUGCUCCCUCCUGCUUUGGCUAUAAUUUUCAUCCAAAUUUCCUCUCAAAACGGAGUAGGAUCCACCAUUCGUUCCCGAUUAAAUACCGGAUUUCUUCUAAUGAAGAAGAAGAUGAUGGAAGUAACCACAAUUUUAGCGAAGCAGUAGAGCUGUUCAACAAAGGAGAAUUCUAUAAAUGUCAUGAUGUUCUCGAGUCUCUCUGGUGCGAAGCAGAAGAGCCUGCUAGAACUCUAUUUCAUGGAGUUCUACAAUGUGCGGUAGGACUUCAUCACCUCUUCAACCAGAAUCACAAAGGAGCGAUGAUGGAGUUGGGAGAAGGCGUGUGUAAGCUUAGAAAGUUUGAUUUCGGGAGCGAACCGUUUCAUCAGUUUGAACAAGAGAUUUCUGCGGUUCUGGAGUUUAUUUACCAAACUCAGAUAGAAUUGGCCGCCUGUGGUGAUGACAUUUGUCUUCUGAUGGAGCAAUCAGAGAGAUCGUACAGACUUCUUGGAGGCUAUGGUGCUGGGCAGCGUUUGUAUUCCCUGCAAAGUGACACAGACGAUGUUAUGUACAUCAUUUUCUGCCAUCAGAGAUCAUACAGCUCUGGUGAGCCACUGAAGGUGAAGCUUCCAAUCCUUAAUGCGACUGAAGAACAUGUUAUGGCCUGUUCAACAGAUCAUUAGUACAAAAAAAAUGGGAAAAGAAUUUCAUCACGAUGUAGUGCAAUAACUAGCUAACAAAUAAUUAGCUAGUGGAUUUGCUGCCCCGCCCGGUUGCCAUGCCUAUAGUAGAUUGAACAUAAGGAGAUACUGAUUGUUGGUUCAAGAUAGAAAUUGCAGAAUGAGAAAGUUGUUGAAAACUUGGUAAUCUAGUCCUAUAAUUCACUGGUUUUAUUGGUUUC